CAUUGUCCAUUCCGAAAAUCACCUACCAACAUUUGCAACCUCAUCGGAGAAACGGGAGCGGCCGCACAGCAAGCCAUAUGAGCCCCUGUCCUCUCUGACUACCGCUUGGUAUGAAGCCAUUUCCCUGUCAACAGCCAUGCCAUGACAAUUACUCCGGCGCAUGAGAUCUACCCCCAGUACUGCUUCCACAAGUCCCCCACCAUAACCGCAUGGUGCCGCCUGCGCACCUCGGACAUCGCGAAGCUCUGGAGCCCUCCCGGAUUUGAGGGCCAGGAUGUGUUUUUCUACAACAACCACCCCAUAAAGUGGGUGCGCAUAGCCGGCGUCGUCGUCGCCGUCGACGAAUACACCGUCAACGAGUCCACCAUCAAACGUGUCUACACGGUCGACGACAGUAGCGGCAUCAACGUUGAGUGCAUCGCCCAACUAGCGGCCAAGCAGCCGAAGAAUAUAUCCCUCGACGCCCACUCGCCGGAUCUUGUUGCACAGCAGCGGCGGCAGCAACAGCAGCAGCAGCAAAGCCCAUUCGACCUCGACGUGGGCCAGGUCGUGGAGAUCCGAGGCGGCCUCAAAUUGUACCGCACGAGAUACGAGACCCGGCUGCAGAUAAACAUCGAAAAGGUCAAACACCUUUCAACGCAGCAUGAAGUCGACUUCUGGAAGGAGGUGGUGAAGCUCCACGACGAGACGCUGAGUCGCCCGUGGGUUCUGGACGAACGUGUGCUGCGCCACUGUCGCCGCAAGGCCGAGAAGGACGAACUGCAGUCUAAAAAGAAGAAGAGGCCGGAAAAAGCUAGCGACAGUGUCUCCAAAGAGCCUUCGACCCGCGAGGCCGUCAACAAGGCUUCCGAAGGCAAAGGCCAUGGUGCUAUUCAUCACUUGCGCCCACCCGCGGUCCCGCAGUUCGUUAGUGGCCUCGAAAAGAAGCGCCGUGUCAAAAACACUUAUCCGGGCGAUGGGCUUCAUCACAGACAUGGCGGCCCCUCCACCGUCGCAGUUGCCGACAGUGCGGUUCCCAAGCUUCUCACAGGCCUGGAGCGGAAGCGACGGCAGCGGAAAGCAGAACAUGGGACGAAUCUACAAGGGCGUUCCAUGUCGCGCGCUUGACCGUUGAAAUCGUGUUGAGGGAGAAGGCGAUUCGGUGCAAACAGAUUGCUAGCUACAGGGCUAGAAUAUAUCAGCUUAGCGGAGACAUGUCUUGCAGUUGUUUUUAUAUCAACCUUUCCCUGCAUCCUGGUGUGUCGUGUCACUCCCUGCCUAGGCUUGUGCUGGCACAAAUCUCAUCUCCCUAUGAUAUUUAUCUUGCAGGUUUCCACACCCACAGAGACAUGUCACACGCAAUUCGGUUUCCGGGACUGUGUUCCAUACAGAGAAAAUAAAAUGAAAGGGAAAAAAAAAACUCUAAAUGGCCGGCCCUGGGCGUCAAAUUACAACACUAGAUCCCGGUUGGGUCUGUUGAGGAUUACGUCC